ACAUUCAAAGUAUACAAUGGCGCUAAAGUUUACGUUGGAAUUCCGAUCAUGAAUUGUAUAUCUGUUUUAUUGAGGUUCGCAUGACAUUGACAACGAUUUCACAUCUGGGCAGGAAGACACACUAAGUUAUACUACGAUUACAACCAUGAGUAUAAACAUGACAGAUAACUUGCGUCCCGGGAAUCAGUCGCACCAUAGUUCGCCAGCUGGUAACCGUACAUUGGAAGUAUUACAACAAAGACUCAAUUCCGCUGAACUAGACACUAUCAGUCUCGUCCAGCAAUUAAGUGACAUGGGAUUUCAACCUGAAGAUGUGCAGGACUCGCCAACGAAAGACACUGGCUUUGACCACCCACUACCUCCUUUCGUGCCUAAAAACCCAGACACCAAUGUGCUAUUGAAGAACUAUGAGAACGUCGUCUCCAGAGUGUGCAAAACAGAAAGUGCAAUACAAUCUUUGAAACUAAACUUGUGCUCAGUCCAAGCAUCGCAUGAUUUGAGUAAAAAAGAAACUGGUUCAUUGGCUGAGAAAUUGGCGAUCACCACUGAGGCGUAUGAUAAGGAUACAAAGAAGUUGAAUCGAGACUUAGCUAGAGCCAGGAAGGAACUGAAAGGUGUGUGCGAGGAGAGGAACGCUUUGGAGGAAGAUGUAAGACGAAUUACUGCUGCACUGGAAGUUUCCACCACAAUGAAGACUGACCUUUCCAUCAAAUAUGAAGAGUUGAAAUCUUCUAAAUCCAGACUGAACAAGAGAUUACAGGAGAUGAGAGAGGAACUGGCAAGAGAGGUGAGCUUAAGGGCAAGUCUAGAGGAGUCACACGCAACGUUAUUAGAGAGAAUACGGGAUACAGAAGAAGCUGUUGAAUGUGAAAGAUGUGAGGUCAAGACACUGGCUAAAGACUGUGAAGCUCUCAGAAAAGAAGGUGUCAGAGUCAAAGACGAAAACAAGAGAGAGCAUCUUAUGCGAGGACAGAUGGAGGAGGCUGUCAGACGACUCACAUUAGAAAUAGAUGCUAAAGAUAUCAAAUUAAAAGAUGUCUUUGAAGAAAAUAAGGUUUUGUCAAGCAAUUUGUCAGCUCUGAAAAAAGAUAAUAUCAAUAUGAAAUCUGAGAUGGAACAGUUACGAAAAAUAAAAGAUGAAUCACAGGCUACUAUUCAGCAGUUGGAGACCGAAAACAAGGAAGUACAUACAGCUUUGAAGACUGUGUCCAGUGAAAACAAUACUAUGAUGGUGGAACACAUGAAAGUCUUACAGAUGGAAAAACAAAGAUCUUCUACUGAGAUUGAGGAAGGACUGAGUUCACUCAGGGAACAACUAAAAGCUGCAGUGCAAGCUAAGGAAAUUGCUGAAAAGAAAUGCUCUGAGAUGAAGACUGAGUUGGAAAUCAACAAAAUUGAACUGAAAAAUACUGAGGAGAAAGCCUCAAAGGACAGAAGAGGCCCUGGAACAUGCAUUAGAUCAACUCAAAGAUGAACUACUGAAUAUUCAGAAAGAUAAGGAAACUGCUAUGAAGGAUAAAGAGACCUUACUGGAAGAGGUGAACCAAGCUGUUGAUGGCAUGUCAGAGGAAAGAACUAAAUUAGAAGAAGAUCUAGCACAGGCUAAGCUGGAUGUCACCAGUCUUACCCAGGACAAAGCUCAACUUGAACAAGAAAAUGAAAGGUUGAUGGAGCGGAUAGGGGCUGUUGAACAUCACCAGCAAGCCCAGAAACAGCUUGACAGUGCUAUGCAUGAGAUGUUAGAGAGUAAAAACAGAUUAGCAUAUGACAAGGGAAGACUACAAACAAGGGUAGAUCAUUUACAAGAAAGAACUUAGUUCACUGGCUAACACCAAAACUGAAGUU